AUGCUCUCCAUCCUCCUCUCAGCCGCCAUAAUCCUCCUCGGCCUCCGCAAAUCCACUUCCGCGCCCAUAUCCCGCAAACUCCUCCAAUCCUUCUCCGACCAGCAAAUCCUAACCGGAAUCGGCAUCCAAUCCGUCGGCCUCGCAAAGAUGAAAACCAUGGUGCCAUACCACUUCUUCAUCAUCUGGCUCCUCUCGCUGCUAUCCACCGCUACGAACCUCGCCACUUUACUCGCUCUGGUAAACGACUUCAAGAGAGACUGGGUGCUCCGAUGGAUCAGGCAGCUCCUGAUGCUCAUCAAUAUGUUCCUGGGGAUAUUAUCUGGCAUCUUCAUCCUGCAAACUGUAAUGAAGAACAUGGAACCCAGACUGCCGAUUGCCUGCGUAUGGCAGGUGGAAAGCAAAGGCACAAGCUCCAACGCCGCCCUCUCAAUCGCAGGCACCAUUGCCGUAAUCGCCGGCCAAGUCCUCACCUUUGGCUUCGCAACUUGGUACUUGCACAACCGCUCAAACCCAAAGUGGCUCAAGACUGUCCAAGUCAUCGGCCUCUUUGCCUGUCUCGCCAUGGGCGUCGGCGCUACGAUUCGCGUCGUCUUGGAAUCUCAGGCUUUUGGUACACCGCCGGAAUCUGUGCGUUUGGUUGGUCCGUCAGAAGGCAACUGGAGUUUUGGUCAACUGCUGCCAUUGUUGCUGUUGGCGCUGCCGGUGAUUAGUACGAUUGAGAUUGCGAGGGGGGAGGAGCUGAAGCCGAAGAGUAGGGUCGAUGAUGAUACUGUACCGCUGUUUGCGGGUGGGAACGACAUGGAGUUUCAGCCUAAUCCGCUGAUGGGGAGUGCGACGAAUUUGUUCAGGAAGUAA